AUGAAGCAGCAUGUGUUUAAGCCACCAGCAAACUGGAGUAAGUUGUAUGCCAAGGUAAAGGAAAUUCGCGAGACGUUGAAGGCUCCCGUCGAUACGGUGGGGUGCUCGAAACUGUUCGAUAAAUCCGCAUCCAAUGAAACGCGGCGGUAUCAUAUUUUGCUUGCACUGAUGCUUAGUGCUCAGACGAAAGACCACGUGACGGCGGAGGCAAUGCGUGUUCUUAUUCAGCAUGGAUGUACUCCCGAGUUAGUGUCGAAAAUGCCGGAGAAAAAGCUUAAUGAGUUCAUUGCUAAAGUGGGGUUCCACAACACAAAGGCAAAGCAUAUUAAGGAGGCGACCGAUACCAUUUUGAAGAAGCAUCAAGGGAUGGUGCCGCGUUCCUAUGCGGAUCUCAUUGCCUUACCAGGCAUUGGGCCCAAGAUGGCUCAUUUGUUCCUCCAGGAGGCCGAUGGGGUGGUGCUGGGCAUUGGGGUGGAUACCCACGUCCACCGCAUCAGCCGACGCUUUCACUGGGUCCCAUCAACAGUGAAAACACCGGAGGACACACGAAAGGCACUUGAGUCUUGGCUCCCACGGGAGAACUGGGGUGAAAUCAAUGGACUACUUGUGGGAUUAGGGCAAACCAUAUGUACUCCGCUGAUACCGCAUUGCUCGGAGUGCCCGGCCGCCGCGUUGUGUCCCAACGCGUUUAAGGAGACGAGGACGAGUGGAAAACGAGAAAGGCUUCCUUCUGACAUUGAAGACAUUGGCACGGUGAAAGUUUGUAAGCGUCGUGGACGUCGUUGA